AUGAAAGUCUUAGUCAAGAACCUCGGCGGUCGCCCGCUCAAACUCGAGCUCGACAUCUCGCCCCAGGACACGGUCGCCAGUCUCAAAGCGCAGGUCGAGGCGGCGGACGGCGUCCUCCAUUACCAGCAGAAGCUCUGCUGGGGCGGCAAGCAGCUCCAAGACCUCGGCGCCAAGCUGGAAAGCUACGGCAUGCGCGACGCCGGGGACGGCAAGGUUCACAAGAUAGGCCUGCUCCGGACGUACCCGCCUCCGGAUUGGAUCCCGUUUCAGCUUGAAGUCCGCACCCGCCCCGCCUACUUCAUGAUCGAAGUCAAGCCCCGCGACACCAUGGAGGCCGUCAAGGAGACCAUCCAGCGCGCCAAGGGCUGGAAGGCCUCCGAGCUGCUCCUGCUCUUCGACGACGCCACCACCGUCAAGGGCAACCACUUCGACGAGUCCUCCUCCCUGAUGCUGUACGCGAAGCCGGGGUCGCAGUGCUACGGGGAGCUCGGCGGCGCCGUCGGGGCGGUGGGGAGCGAUGAGGAUGAGGAUGAGGAUGAGGAUGAGAAUGAGGGCAGCAGUGGAGGGAGUGGUGGUGGUGUUGGGGUGGGUGGGGAUGGCGGGGAGGAGAGCGAUGUUAGCGAUGAGGAUGAGACGGAAGAGGAGGCGGCGGAGCGGGAGAGACGGAGGGGGAGGUAG